CGCUCGCGUUUUUCUGCGCUCCACCCGCCGUGUGCGCUCCCCCAACUUCGCUCCAACCUCCGCCAGUGCGGCUCCUACAAGACGACCCCCUCCUCCUCAUCCGCAGGACUUUUGACUUUUUAAAACAGUUUCUUCCCCCCCUCCUCCUCCCACAGAGCAAGUUGCCUAUUUUUGGAUCUCUCGCCGUGGAGCAGUGACAAGAGGUUGUCCAACUUUUGAUGGAAAACAAGAGGUCGGGCGACUGCUGACUUUAAAGGUGAUAGUGAGCAGAGGUGCUGAGAAUGAUGGACCAUCUCAGCGAGACGUGUUUGGGCAAGGAGAACUCUGAGCUGGUCAACAGCAUGGCAGAGGCCAAAGCCCCGCCGGCCAAGCUGCCUCGGCUGGAGCAGAACGGCAGCCCCCUGGGCCGGGCCAGGCUGGGCAGCACCGGGGCCAAGCUAGCCGGGGUCCCGUACAAACCCACCAGCCACCUGCUGAAGACCUGCCACAAGAGAGGCAACAUGCUGCCCGUGUUCUGUGUCGUCGAGCACUACGAGAAUCCCAUGGAUUUUGACAGCAAGGAGGAGCACGCCGAAUUUGUCCUGGUGCGUAAGGACAUGCUCUUCAAUCAGCUCAUCGAGAUGGCCCUGCUGUCGCUGGGCUACUCCCACAGCUCGGCGGCCCAGGCCAAAGGUAUGAUUCAGGUGGGGAAGUGGAACCCCGUCCCUCUGUCGUAUGUGACAGAUGCUCCGGACGCCACAGUGGCCGACAUGCUGCAGGACGUCUACCACGUGGUCACGCUUAAGAUCCAGCUGCACAGUUGUCCUAAGCUGGAGGACCUGCCGCCCGAGCAAUGGAGCCACUCUACAGUAAGAAACGCCCUCAAGGAGUUACUCAAAGACAUGAAUCAGAGCUCUCUGGCUAAAGAAUGUCCUUUAUCACAGAGUAUGAUUUCCUCCAUUGUGAACAGCACUUACUAUGCAAAUGUGUCGGCGGCGAAGUGUCAGGAAUUUGGGCGCUGGUAUAAACAUUUCAAGAAGACAAAAGAUAUGAUGGGCAUGCGCCAACCCUCCCAGCUGGAGGGCUACCUGGGGACGUGUGUCCUCCGUGAGAGCCCGCGUGCCAAUGCACUAGCGGAAAUGGACGGCCUGUCCGACCUCUCCCCGCCAGGUCCAAACCACAACCACAACCACCUGGGUUUCUCCCAGCAGCAGCAGCCUAUCCCUGGCAGCACGGCGGAGCAGACUCCUUCCUCGCCGGUGCCGCCGCUGCCUCACGCCCCGCCACCACACGGCGGCCAAACAGGUGGCCGGCAGCCCCAGCUCCCCGGUCUGCACCACCCGGGCUUGGUGUCCACACCCAUCAGCCCCCAGCUGGUCAACCAGCAGCUCGUGAUGGCACAGAUCCUCAACCAGCAAUAUGCAGUGAACCGGCUUCUGGCGCAGCAGUCCCUGUCGCAGCAGUACCUCAACCACCCGCCUGUCAACCGCAGCUCCCACAGCAAACCCAUGGAGCCACAGGUGGCGUCGAACACGGAGGUCUCCUCUGAGAUUUACCAGUGGGUGCGGGACGAGCUCAAGCGGGCCGGCAUCUCACAGGCCGUCUUCGCCCGUGUGGCCUUCAACAGAACCCAGGGCUUACUGUCUGAGAUUCUCCGUAAGGAGGAAGACCCCAAGACAGCAUCCCAGUCGCUGCUGGUCAACCUGCGUGCCAUGCAGAACUUCCUGCAGCUGCCGGAGGCCGAGCGCGAUCGCAUCUAUCAGGAGGAGAGGGAGCGCAGCCUCACAGCAGCCUCUGCCAUGGGCUCGGCUCCGCUCAUCAGCACCCCGCCCAGCCGACCUGUGCAGCCCCGGAGGGAAGACUGCAACAGCGUACGGCCCGAGGAUUGGAAUCCCCGUAUCCCCGUGGGCAUUUCACCUGUGAAGCCGUCGCCUCUGCCCAGCGAGUGGAACGGCAAGACGGAGAGCUGCAUCCUCAACAUCAACUCCACCAUCUACGAUGAGAUCCAGCAGGAGAUGAAGCGGGCCAAAGUUUCCCAGGCCCUGUUCGCCAAGGUGGCCGCCUCCAAGAGCCAGGGCUGGCUCUGCGAGCUGCUGCGCUGGAAGGAGGACCCGUCUCCGGAGAACCGGACGCUCUGGGAGAACCUCUCCAUGAUCCGACGCUUCCUGAGCCUCUCUCAGGCCGAGCGCGACGCCAUCUACGAGCAGGAGAGCAGCGCCGGGCAGCAGCACCACAACGAGAGGCCGUCGCACCUGAUCCACGUUUCCACCGACCAGCUACAGGCUCAGCCGCCUCAGUCCCAGCAGCAGCACCAGCCCUCCCUGUCCCUGCACCCCUCCCAGCCCCUUCUAUCCCAGCAGCCCUUGCCUCAGCAGCAGCCCACCACCGGCCCCCGGUUGCCGCCUCGCCAGCCCUCCACCGCCUCUCCGGCCGAGACGGAGGAUGAUGGCAGCCGCGGAGGGAGCCUCAAGUCCCGCACCGGCGGAGGGAAGAUCUCCCUGGAGGCUCUGGGCAUCCUGCAGAGCUUCAUCCAGGACGUGGGCCUGUACCCCGACGAGGAGGCCAUCCACACGCUGUCGGCCCAGCUGGACCUGCCCAAGCUCACCAUCAUCAAGUUCUUCCAGAACCAGCGCUUUUACGUCAAUCACCCAGCCAAGGCGCCCAAGGAGCCCAGCAACAACAACAACAACAACAACAGCAGCAGCACGGCCGCCACCACCAACACCAACACCAGCAGCAGCAGCAGCAGCAGCAGCCCGGCGUUCGAGGAGGAGCUGACGGACUUCAGGGAGAGCGGAGAGCUGCUGAAGGAGCUGGACGAGAGCACGCAGACCAACAGCACCAUCUUCUCCAUCAAGAUCGAGGAGCAGCUGGGCCGAGGCGCCGAGGCCCAGUCGGAGUCGGAGCACGAGGCCAAGGAGUAAGACUCCCCCCGUCUGAAGCAGAGAGCUUUCUUGUGCACACACAGACUGAUGACUGUGCUAAAUGUAACGCUCUGGCCGACACAGAACCACCACCACACUGCAAACACAGAACAGUAGUGUUUUCAAUCAGAACAGCGUCUGGACUGUAUGAGGAGUGUUUAUAUAUAUCAGACUUAGAGGCGAUGUGACGCGAGUGUUCACACACUGGGAAGCCCGUUUGAGACUCAGUAAUACAACAAGUACUACUUUUUGGAUUUUGUAAAACUUGUAUUAUUUACUGUAAAGACUGAUGCAUCAUUUAAAUAAUCUGCACAAAAAAUUAUUCUAAGUAUGUUGCCGUGGAUAUUUGCUGACUGCACUCUAUGUCUGUUGUUUUACACUGACUUACUUUAUCUUUUUGAGCUACUGAUUAUAUUCAAAAAGAAAAAAGUUCCCCUGGAGUUUGCUAGGACUUUGAUAGGUGUUUACGUAUGUGAUGUUUAACUGGAUUUUUUCUUUUUUUUUUCUUUUUUUUUUUUAAAUAGCAAAUGAAAUCAAGGACCAAGUGGUUGACAAGGCCUUAAUUAUGAGGUAUCAAGUCUGGAGCCUGCUGGCAGAUUAGUUAUUCUUUUAAAAAGCGCAUAAUGUGAUUAUGGAUCACUCCAAACUCUGGAACGCGAUCACCCAGCCCAGGUGCAUCUCUGAGAAUAGCUCAGUCUUUACAUAUUAUUUGUUAGGGAAGAAAUAUAAAUAUAUAUAUAUAGACAUUAUAUUGUAACUGUAAAAAAAAAGAAAAGAAAAAGAAAAAAAAAACAAGAACACAGUCUUAAAGAAACUAUGCCAACAAAUGCCUUGUACUAUACGGCACUGCCGAUGUUAGAUUAUUUUGCAAAACCUUUGUCACUGUAACUUUCUGAAUUGCCACACAGUUAGAAAUGUGAAUUACACAAUGUUUAUGUUGUCCGACAUUAUUUAUUUGCAGUUCAUGCAGUGUUUCUGAUGUAAUUACUUUUCUUAAAAAAAAAACAAAAGAAAAAAGUUUAUGUUCCGUAGCGCUUUUUAUUUUUAAUUUCCCACCAAUCUUUUUUCUAUUUAUAAAUGUAAUUUCGAUGGGCAGUAAAAACAAAAAGUGUCUUAAACGUUUUAAAUGGAGAAAUGUGCUUUAAAGGUUGCCUAUAAAAAGUGCUGUAUGUCGAGCAACUCAUGCUACAAGCUUCACAAUUAAUGUUGUAUGCAAUUUUUACUAUCAUGCAAAUAAGCUUAGGUAAAAUGACUAACCUAUAGAACACCUUAGAAAGAAAAACAUAUGCAAUCUGUGUGAAAAUCGAUGUCUGCGAUGUGUCUUCCUUUGGUUAACGAUCCAAUUCAAAAAGCUACUCCUGUAUAAAUACCCUGUAUAAAAGUGUUUCUUUUUUAUGAGUUUAUUUCGAUGAGAACACCAGUUAUUUUGUUACGACUGACUGUUUUAUAAGUGUUUCUCGGUUCCUCCUUUCUGCAGAAAUGUUCUAACUAGAAGUGGUUAUUGAUUGUUAAUUACACAAUUAAACUGUUUGUAUUGUACCACAGAUUUCUUGGCAUUAACUUGACCGGACUCUUUUGCCACCGGAGGGGUUUUCUGUCUGUCGCCUCCUCUGGGAACAAAAGACGAAUCAAUGUGAAUUGUUUUUAAGAACUACUGCUAAGAGAUAUCGGUCCCUGACUCGUUCAGCUGCGGCCACUGAACACGUGUUAUUUGUAAUAACUGUAAAUAUCACAUCUUAUGAAUCAUUGAUUGUUUAUUAUUGUAAAUAUAUUUGAAGUUUGUCGAAGA